UUACGUUAUCAGAUACCAAUGGACUAUUAUAACAUUAAAACAUUUCAGUCCAUUAUGUUUCGAUAUCUAUGUUAUGAACGCGCUAUAUAACAUCGAUAUAUCAGUACGACAGUACAGAUUAUAUCCAUCUAACGGACCAAAAUAGUUCGUUCCGGGAUUCCCGUCACAAUCUAUUGUUAUCAAUAACCGAGCCAUAAUAAACUAAUAACUGCGGGCCAUAGACUGUAGAGUACUUACAUAGUUACAUCUAACUCUGACUAUUCUGACUGACCAUGACAAAAUAAAUAUAAUAUAUUUUUUUUUAUAAUAUACUUAAUUUAUUUUGUCGUGAUUUUGACGUUUGAUCGUACCUCGUGCAGUCGUGCGUUUUAAAAUAAUAAUUUUCAUAUUUUCAUAAUAAUUAUUAUUUAUUAAUUAUUACCAUACUAUUACAAUUAUGUCAAAACGUAUAAUUAGUGAUUAUUUUUCUAAAAAUACAAAUCAAGAUAAUUGUGAACCAACUUCUAGUAAAAAUUCAACAAAAACACCAAGUACACUAAAUAAAAUGUUGAAUAUUAGUGAAAAAACAUCAGUUUUGGUUCCGGUUUUGAAUUCAAUAUCACAAUCGCCUUCAGUGUCAGUAUUUCAAGAUCAGACUGAAAGUAUGCAUGCAAAUGAAAAUGAUAUAAGCUUAUUCGUAAACUGUAGAUUAUCAGAUGCUGAUAAAUUUACUGCACUUAAAAAUGUAUGGUUACCAUUGCCAACAUUUGAGUUUCCUUUAAACCAAAAAAAUAAGAAAAGAGGUUUAAAAUUCCAAUAUAAAUGGUUGCUUCCAAUCCAAAAAAAUUGACUUAGUAGAAGCAGUUUGCCUUGCCGAGGCUAUAAUUUCAGCACUUAAGAAUAUUAGGAUUAAUAUUAAACAAGAAUUUAAUAAUAUAUUCUUAAU